AUGUCUUCGGUCACUUCACCUUCAUUAGUGCCUAAUCGGGAUGAGAUAAGCGCCCCGAUCCCCUCUUCCCCAUAUUUGGGAGAUGGAGGAAGACACUACGGAGCUGACGAUGAAGAUAAUUAUAUCCAGCUGACUAGAACGGCAUCUACCCUGUCGGAAAGAAUGCAAAAUCUCGGACUAGUCCCCACAAAGACAGGGGAAAAUGGAAGGCUUCUGGAAACUGAAACAGAUCUUCGCAUAGAAAUUCAUAUGAUUAUGAAAUCGUCUAUUCCUCUUAUAGCCACAUUCCUACUUCAAUACUCUCUCACUGUGGCCUCGGUGUAUGCCGUGGGAAAUUUGGGUCCAAAUGAACUUGCUGCCGUGUCUCUUUCAAAUCUUUUAGCCAAUAUCUCAUCCUACGGAAUCAUUCAAGGUAUAGCGUCUUCUCUAUCUACUCUCUGUCCACAGGCUUAUGGCCGAAACGAUCUUCGGUCCGUUGGAUUGCAGUCGAUGAGAUGUCUUUGCUUACUUCUCAUUUUGUACAUUCCUAUUUUUGUAAUUUGGUACUAUGGAUCAUAUCCCCUUCUCAGUGUCCUCGUACCAGAGCAAGAGGCUGCUUUAUUGGCUUCGAGAUUUCUCCAACGGUUGGUAUUUGGAGUACCCGGAUUCAUCAUAUUUGAAGUUACUAAGCAGUAUCUUCAGGCCCAGGGAAUUUUCCAGGCUUCUACCUACGUGUUAAUAGUAUGUGCUCCUUUGAAUGUUUUACUUAAUCUGGAGUUGGUGUGGGGACAUAAUAUCGGUGUAGGCUUCAUAGGUGCACCUACUGCCGUUGUCAUCACAAAUUGGGUUAUGGCUCUUGCUUUGGUUGGUUAUGCUGUCUUUAUCAACGGUUAUCAAUGCUGGUGUGGAUUCUCCAGAGAUAUCUUUCAUCAUUGGAGCAGGCUACUUUCCUUGGCUGGUCCAGGUGUUCUUAUGAUCGAGGCCGAAUGGGUUGCAUUUGAGAUUAUUUCCUUGGCUUCUGCCAGAUUCGGUACGGCUUCUCUAGCUGCUCAGUCUAUAGUUGCCACCACAUGUGUCACAGUUUAUCAGAUCCCGUAUGCCAUUUCUGUGGCUGCAUCCACUCGUAUUGCCUGGUAUAUUGGUUCCGCUUGUCAAUCAGCUGCUGUCAUUGCUACCAAAGCUUCAUUCAUAGUGGCUCUUUCAAUGGGGGCAUUGAACUGCUCCCUUUUACUGGCAUUUAGAUUUCCAAUAGCUCACCUUUUCACCCAUGAGACCGAUGUUCUUGACAUGGCAGCUAAUGCUUUAGUUAUUGCAUCUGCUUAUCAGUUGGCCGACGGACUAAGUUGUGUUGCAGGUGGUAUCUUGCGCGGACAAGGAAGACAGUAUAUCGGUGGAUGGCUCAACUUAAUAUGUUACUACAUCAUUGCACUUCCAAUUUCUUAUUUUUGUGGGUUCGUCUUACAUUUAGAGCUAGCGGGACUUUGGCUGGGUAUGAUGGCUGCUCUUACCACGGUGGCUAUAGGAUCCUGUACUGCAGUUCUCUUCUGUGAUUGGUCUGCUCUCAUCCAGAAAUCUAUAGAGGAUGGGUUGAUUGAGUACCAUCAGAACCGGCUUGCUCCCAUUUCGUCAGAUCUUUCUGCUUCUACUAUUACAGAUGUAGACUUUGAUAUAACUAGCGUUGUAUCUAGAGGAGUUCACUCUACUUCCGGAAUGGUUGAUCAUAAUUUCUUAGCUCCAAUGAUUUCCAACGAUGCGGAUUUACUGAGGAAGUGA